AUGUGGCCAGGCUCGAACGAGAAUGAUGUUUCUCCGUCAUCAUCGCAGCAGCCUCAAGGAGAAGGAUCUGCCUCUACGGCUUCUGGAAACCUUAAUACUACCAUUAUACAAAAUCACAAUCAGCGAGAGACUGUUGGUCCAAUCUAUCAAAGUUCUACUCUUUUCCGACGGGAGGCCGAGGAACCUCCCGAAAGCGGCCGCUCAUCGUGGAGGAGACGGGAGCCGUACCAUGUACCAAGCCGUUAUCGCAGGGGUCAGCAAGCAAUAUCAGAUUCGAGUAUGGAACAAAGUGGAAACAUAUCAUUGAGCCCAUACAUCAGUCGCAGUUUUGAGCUACCCAAUGUUGGAAUUCAAUGGAGGCCACAGGUGGACUGGCCACCGCUGCCUGGAGUCGCUUCUCAAGAUUCUAACACUGCGCGUAAAUCGAAGUCCGACAAGGAGAAGGAACCGCAGCUUCCGCCAACUCGCGUGAUAUUAAGAGGUCUCCGAGCGAAGCGGUGCAUAAAGUUCUCGCCGACGGUCUGGAGAAUGGCCUUGAAAUUAAUCAAACAAGCCCGAGAAAACAAAAUACUCGACAUAAGGAAAGUUCUGUGCCGCACUUGCGAGAAUCUUCCAGUGCGCCCCGUCACUGGGACGUGUGGACACACGAGAUGCACAAAAUGCAUUGAGCAGAGCGGCUCGUGCCCAUGCGGCGGCCGGGCGCCCCGUGAGCUCUUCGUUGAUGUCUUAAGUCGGCAGCUCAUUGAAAAGAUGAUGCAAGAUGGAGAGGGCAGUGACAUAAACUUCACACAUGAUCGAAGACAUAACGUCCACGAGGCCGCCGGUACAUCAGCCACACUCGGUGCUUCGGCCACAUCAGUCACCCCAUUAGACGCUGAAACCGCGCUACCCGUGCAAAUUCGUGAACCUUCGUCACGGGAGUCUGUCAGUGAGAAAACGCCUCGUGCCCCGAUGACACCACAGGUUCGUUUGGGAUAUGCCCGUGCUCUUAUUUCUGCGGGGCAUCCGAAGGAAGCUGUGGCACAACUUGCGAGGGUUGCAACAUAUGAAGAUCCUAUAGCACCCAGCGCCCGCACUUUGCUCCUCCAGACGCUGGACUCUCUCACGAAACAAGAAAACCAUCGCGUUUUAACGAUCCAGGUGAAGCGUCUAAUCCAGAACCACGCGACUACGUCCUGGCUCAGCGUCUCGGACCUUGAGUGUCCGCUAUGCCUGCAAACCUUCAAUCAUCCGGUCACAACACCUUGCGGCCACACCUUCUGUCGCUAUUGCAUCGAGCGCCUGAUCGACUACAGAAAACCUUGCGCUCUCUGCCAGCGCCCCUUGAACGAGAGCUAUUUGUCCCUGACAGAAGAAACAUUCCUUGUAAAGGCAGCUCUGGAAUCGAUCAACGCUGUGAAACCACGCAAGAUGCUAGACUGCAACGUCAUCUAUGUCAUCGCGUGCACCGUAGCUUUUCCGAAGUAC